AUGAAAUGCUUGUUAGUUAGUUUCUUAUUUUGUUUUGUUGCACAAAUAUUACAUGCAAAUGUAAGCGAUGAUGAAUAUUUAUGGUCAACUGACGAAGGUAAUUCACAAAAUACUUUUCACAUAAUACCAUCAAUAGCAACAAAUUAUUCUGGUAAAACAUGGCAAUAUGAAUAUAAUGCGUCAUCACAAGAUCUUACUAAUUUGGGUAUUGGUGGCGGAGUUAACGGUGACGUUUACUUUUUCCUUAGUGAAACACGAUAUCAUCCAAUCGAUUUUAUAAUUUGUUUGACAACAAAUGGUGUCAUACGUUGGAAAUUGUACAUUGAAUCAGUAGCCGAUAUGAUUCCUGUUGGUGCAUCAAAUAUUGUUUCAGAUCGUAAUGGUACUUUAUAUUAUUCUGUAUCAUGGACAGGAAAUGAAGAGUAUACAGCAAAAAUAUGUCGUAUUAAAUAUGCACAAACAGAUCAUCCAUAUCAAGAAUGUAUAAAAAAUUAUCAAUUAUAUAUGGAUAUAAAUUCACCAUUAGCUAUUAAUGAAAAAUUUAAUUUACUUAUAACAGCUGUUGUUGAUGAUACAUUUGAAUCUGUUCCAGCUGCUAUAAAUAAAACAACAUUUGAAAUUUUAUGGAUAAAUCGAAAUUAUUUUGGUGCUGGUAUGAACGGUCAUUAUAAAAUCGAUUCUAAAACGGGUGAUAUGUAUUGGAUUGGUGGUGAUGACUAUCUACUUAAAUUUAAUGAAAAGGGACAAAAAUUACUUAAUGGUGAUAGUCAUUCGGGUGGUGGAAGACAAUUUGCACUUGAUAAUGAUCAACAAAUAAUUGUACGUUCAUGGCAAAAUAUGUCCGAUAUACGUUGGGCAAUUGUUGUUUCAUCAUGGAAUGUUUCUAAACAAUUUCAAUUGCGAUGGAAUUGGUAUGCACCAAAAUCAAUAGCGGAAAAUGACGCAAUAACACAACCAAUUAUGGAUGAAAAAGGUAUAACAUAUUUAUCAAGUAUGCCAUUAAUAUUUGCAUUAUCAACAACUGGUAAAACAUUAUGGUCAACCAUAUUAGCAACGAAUGAAGAAAUGAAAAACUUUGAAUUAAUAUCAUGGUGUUUAGCAAUGAAUAGUCAUACACGUAUUUUAUAUGUUGUAGCUGGUUCACCAUUAUUCCAUAAAGGUAAUGCUAUGUAUUUCAUAACGGCUGUACAUAUGGAUACAGGAAAAGUAUUAAAGCGUAUUAAUAUCAAUCAUG